UAUAUGUCUCUGCAUGUCAUUCCCGAUGUUUAAUUUAUCCUUAUUAAUCGCCCAAAAAUUAUCAGCUACACUAGCCUAAUUAAUGGGGGCAAUGAAAACUGCACUAGAUAUAACCCUUUUUUCUCUGAGAAAAAUGGGACCAAUUGUAUCAAGAGUUUGGGUUAACGCAAAACAGCAAAUUUCAAGCACAAAAGCAAAGCCUUUAGUUUGUAACUUUAUAGUAAGGAAAAUGGAGGCUGCCUUUGAUACUCUACAUGAAAAAUUGUUAUCUACAUGUAUGAAGUAUAGAGCAAGAUUACUUCCCAAAGAACUUGAAGAGUUACAAAAAAAAGUUGAGCAGUUGAAGAAAGAAAUUAAUUCCCCCAAAAAGGGCUAGGAGGCAUAGAUUGAAAACAUAAAUUUUUGUAACCUGUAUUUAAUUAAUUGAAUGUAAAUUUCAGCUAUCAGCAAAAAUUUGAGACCAGUAGUUGCGACGGCUUGGCAAUAUGCAAAAGUUGAAAUGGUGCCUCCAAUGACUUCUCAAAUGUUUCAAGGAUCUCUCGGAAAAUCAAUUGAAACUACAGUAGGCGGUGUUGCUGACAAGUUUAUUGGUGGGCUUGAACAAAAAUUAAACGAUAUAGAAGCUGCACGAAUACUUGCUAUUAAACAGAAAGAAGCUGCAUUGAAAGCCGCUGCAGAAAAGGCUAAAGCUGAAGCUUUAAAGAAAGCGGAAGAAGAAAAACGCCUUGAAGCUGCAAAGGCAAAAGAAGCUGCAAAACAAGCGAAGGCUAAAGAGGCUGCAAAACAAGCGAAGGCUAAAGAGGCUGCAAAAGAAGCGAAGACUAAAGAGGCUGCAAAACAAGCGAAGACUAAAGAGGCAGCACAACCUGCUAAGAAAGUAGAUCCACCUAAAAAAGAAACUAAAUCUGAAGUCAAAGCAGCUACUAAAAAGCCACAAAAACGUGUUCCCCCGAAGACUAAAAAGAAGGCGAAGACAACAAGGCGUAAAGUCAAAAAAGGAUCACCCCCUAAAGCGAAAAAAUAACAUUUCAACUAUAUUAGAUUAAAUUUUGUUGUAAUUACUAAUGAAAAUAGAGAUAUCAUAUACAAUAUA